AUGAGAGGCGGCGUCUUUGGCUUGCUGUGCGGCGCGCUGCUGCUCCCCGGCAGCAAGUCUACCAAGUGGGUGCUGCGGCGUGCUGGCGAUUCUGACUACGCUUGCAAGUGCUACCCUGGUGACAACUGCUGGCCCAACAAGGGCCAAUGGCAGAAGCUCAACAACACGGUCGGCGGAAACCUUCGCGUCAACAUCCCUCCCGGCGCCCCGUGCUACAACACCUUCCAAGGUCUGCUAGGCAAUGUAUUACAGACCUACAAUGCGGCCGGGUGCCAGAAGGUGAGGCAAAACUGGGGCGACGAACAGUUCCAAAUCGAGAUGCCUGCGGCCGGUCUCUGGACGUAUUUCACCAAUGACACCUGCCGCCCGACCACAAACCCUACCGACACCUGCACCCCGGGCUACUACCCGGUCCUUGUCAUCAUGGCCAAGACCACGGCUCACAUCCAGGCCGGCAUCAACUUUGCCCGCGAGAACAACCUGCGCCUGAUCAUCCGGAAUACCGGUCACGACUUCCUCGGCCGCAGCGUUGGCUGGGGCGCCCUCGUUAUCAACACCCACAGCUUCCAGGACAUCAAGUUCACCGACUCGUGGGAGGGUGCUGGAAACUAUACCGGCCCCGCCGUGACUGUCGGCGCUGGUGUACAGGCAUUCCAGGUCCUUAAGAAGGCCAACGCCCUGAAUCCGCCCAAGAUCAUGGUGACGGGCGAGUGCGCGACGGUUGGCGUUGCCGGCGGCCUUGUCCAAGGCGGUGGCCACGGUCCGCUGACCGGCUUCUACGGCUUCGUCGCCGACAAUGCGCUCGAAUUCAAGGUCAUCACGGCGGACGGUAAGCUAAAUACGGCCAACGCGGAGACCAACGCCGACCUCUUCUGGGCCCUACGCGGCGGCGGCCCGGCCGCCUUCGCCGUCAUCGUCGAGGCGUCUUACAGGAUCUUCGACGACAAGCCGACCGCCGGCGUCCUCCUCGACAUUGACCAGACCCACAUGACCAACGCGACGCUCUUCUGGGAGGCCGUGCGCGUCUUCCACAGCUACAGCACGCACUUUGUCGACAACGACCUCUACGUCUACUACGAGCUCGGCACCGCGGGCCAGAACCUGCACGUGCACCCCAUCGUGGGCGUGGGCAAGACGCCCGACGAGCUGCAGGCGGUCCUGCAGCCCAUGUUUGACGACCUCGACGCGCUCGGCAUCUCCUAUUACACCACCGGCGCAGCCGACUUCCCGACCUUUUACGACCUCUACCAGGCCAUGUUCGAGACCGAGGUGGCGGGCAACUCGGCGCUGACCGGCGGCUGGACCAUCGCGCGCCAGGACGCCGAGGAGAGGCACGAGGCCAUCAUCUCGGCCUUCCAGACCGUCGUCCGCGCGGGCUCCUUCAUGAUCGGCCACAUGUGGAGCGCCGGCCACGGCCUGCCCGAGGAGCGGUGGGCCGAGAGCUCCGUCAACCCGCGCUUCCGCAGCGUCGUCGACAAGCUCAUCACCGUCGUCCCCGUCGCCGGCAAUGCCCCGCUCGCGGACAAGGCCGCCGCCCAGGACACGCUGACCAACGUGGUGGACGCCGCGCUGCGCGAGGCCUCGCCGAACGGGUGCGCUUAUGUCAAUGAGGCGGACCCCUACGAACCCAACUGGCAACAGGCCUUCUGGGGCGACAACUACCCCAGGCUGCUGGAGAUCAGGAAGAAGUACGACCCUGACGGGGUCUUUUACGCCAUCUCAACUCCGGGCACCGAGAACUGGGAGCAGAUCGAGACCGGAACUAGGCUGUGCCGCAAGCUCUGA